AGCCACAUUCCUGGGCCUUCGGGGGGUUCACAGGCGUGCGUCCCCAUGGCUUUGUAGGCGAAAGCUUUCGCCUGGAGAUGAUCAACUUCUUGUGGAAGGGAGGGGCGGCUCCUGCUAGAACCAGGCGCAGCUGCACUGACUCCGAGGCACAACAUGACCUUGCUGCACUGUGUGAGGACCUGCAGGGUCGCCCGCUGGUGGAGGAGUUCUUACCUGUGCUGCAGGCUUUGGACCAGGCGCUCCAGAUCUGGGCGGUGCCGGAGGCAGCUUUCCAGGCCGCAAGGGCGGCCGUGUCCUUCCUCAAGCCUUAUGCGCAGACAGAAAGGACCCUGGAAUUUCUUUUGUCUACGCACACCAAGAAGGAGCUGGCAGAGACCUGCGUCACGGCGGUGCGGCGGGGCAUCAGCGCCUGCCAGUCAGCCGGCAUUAUCGAGGAGAAGCAGGAGCUCAAAAGGCGCUGGCAGAAGGCGGUGGAAGGCUUGCAGCGGAAGUGCCAGGAGG